GAUCUCCUUACUCGAUGCCCUGCAAAGCAAAGAUGGCCUCUGUACAGGUGCAACGGAAGGUUGGAAACCAAGACGACGGCCUCCAUGGCGCCGAGCAGGAGGCGGUGCGCGCCACGGGGAGAGGCAAGAGCAAGGCGUCGGCGCGGAAGGUGACCUACGGCUUCCACCUGGUGGAGGGCAAGAUGCCGCACGGCAUGGAGGACCGCCACGUGGCCGAGUUCCGGCGCCUGGACGACGGCAACGAGGUGGGCCUCUUCGGCGUCUUCGACGGCCACUCGGGCGCCGACGUCGCCACCUACCUCCGGAACCACCUCUUCGACAACAUCCUCGGCGAGCCAGACUUCUGGGAGGACACCAUGGGGGCGAUACGGCGCGCCUACCACCGCACCGACAGGAAGGUGCUCAAGAAGAAGAAGGUGACCGCCGACGGCGAGGAGAUAGUAAGGCCACGCCGCGGCGGGUCCACGGCGGUGACGGUCAUCCUCCUCAACGGGGAGACCCUGGUGGUGGCCAACGUGGGGGACUCCCGCGCCGUCGUGUGCGAGAGCGGCAGGGCGAGGCAGCUCUCCGUGGACCACGAGCCGCUUCGGGAGCGCGACGCCAUCGAGAGCAGGGGAGGCUUCGUUACCGAGAUGCAUGGGGACGUGCCUCGCGUGGACGCGUCGCUGGCGAUGUCGCGGGCGUUCGGUGACCGGAAACUCAAGGAGCACAUCAGCUCCGACCCGGACGUGGCCAUCGAGCACGUCGGGGACGAUACGGAGUUCGUCGUCGUCGCCAGCGACGGGCUCUGGAAGGUGAUGUCCAACCAGGAGGUGGUGGACGAGGUGAGGAGCACGCGCGACGCCCGGAAGGCGGCGGUGAAGCUCGUGGAUGCGGCUGUGGACCGGGGUAGCAAGGACGACAUCGCUUGCGUCGUCGUGCGCAUCCAUUGACCUGCAACGAUGAUAUACGAUCAUGUGUUUGUUCUGUGGUGCGUAGAACCAGUUUGUAGAAGGGAGGUGAGCUGAAGUGUUUGCUGUGAACUUACAGAAAGGAAAUGCACUGGACUGUUUGAUGUAAAAUUCUUGCUGAAGUUCAAAUUCCAGUAGCCUACACAGCACUUUUGUGAAAUUCCUUCAGCUCUUAAGAAAAACCUCUUAAAUUCGUAACUUCA